AUGGCGACUAAAACAAGCAAAGAGAGUGCUCCUCCUUUUGAUUGUCCAACAUGGGCAGGCAAGCCACCCGUCGGGCUGCAUCUAGAUGUAAUGAAGGGAGACAAACUGGUAGAGAAACUGAUCAUAGAUGAAAAGAAGUACUACCUGUUUGGAAGGAACCCAGAUUGGUGUGAUUUCACCAUCGACCAUCAGUCAUGUUCACGUGUCCAUGCUGCCCUGGUUUACCACAAACACCUGAAAAGGGUCUUUCUCAUAGACCUUAACAGCACACACGGUACUUACCUUGGACACAUCCGCCUGGAACCACACAAGCCUCAGCAGGUUCCUAUAGACUCUACAAUAUCUUUUGGGGCUUCAACUCGGACCUACACCAUCAGAGAGAAACCCCAAACCCAAGGCAGCGCCGGCACAGGAGAUAGCAAGACAGGAGAAGACGAGGAGCUGAAAGGACUGCUCGGGCUUCCAGAAGAAGAGACAGAGCUGGAGAACCUGACAGAGUUCAACACAGCUCACAACAAGCGCAUCUCCCUCCUGACCAUCGAGGAGGGCAACCUGGAAAUCCAGAGGCCUAAGAGGAAACGGAGGAACUCCAGAGUUACCUUCAAUGAGGAGGAUUGCAUCAUUAACCCAGAGGAUAUCGACCCCUCGGUAGGACGUUUUAGAAAUAUGGUGCAGACUGCUGUCAUCCCCAUCAAGAAGCGGAGAUCAGAGGGCCAAAACACUCUGGGUCUUGAUGACAUAACUUCAAAACGCAUUCAUGGCUACAGCUUAGGCGGUGGUCUCUAUGGGGACUUGCCUCCCACCAGUCAUGAGAACCAACCAACGGGAGCUCCAGGAGGUGCUGCUAUGCAGGGAGGGCUUCCUCUGCCCUUCCCAAAUCCAGCACCAGAAGUGGACCUGGCCCCAGAUGCUCCCCAGCCCCCUGUCACCCUCAACCCCACCCCUGUCACAGCCCCCUACCUACCAGAGACCCACAACGAGCCACGCAAAAAGAAGUAUGCCAAAGAAGCUUGGCCAGGCAAGAAACCCACCCCUUCACUACUCAUCUAACCAGUUUCUCAAAGCUGCUGACUUUCAGGUUACCAGCAGAUACAUCAGGGACUGUGACCUGGAGGAGGUGGUGUCAUACACUUUUUUUUUAUUGGUUGUGUUACUUAUUGUCAUCACAAAAAAGGCACCACAGAAUUUCGCUGUGGUCUGUCACAUGGUAUCAUCCACAUUACCAAAUCAGCAGUUAAUAAGUUGGCUAUGAAUCAGUUCAAUAUUUCUGACUGCAAACAAAGUUUAACUAAUUCACAAAGCCUGUCAGUACAUUUGAGCCUCCGAGUGGCGUUUAGGUAUACUUGUCUGUGAAUGACUGGCUACAUAGCAGUGGGUCAUUGAGUUAUUGAUGUGAUGGAUGUAAAGUUUUGUUUUCUACUUAAUACGUUUCAACAUUUUUUCACUCCUUAAAUAUUUUGAUAAUGCUACUAAACAAAUGGCAGAAAGUACUUUUAUAUGAGAUAUUUUACUGUGAGAAGUCCGAAAAAGUCAGAGAAUCCAGACAUGAAGUCACAUCUGGAUUAAGUUUCUAUCAAAAACACAGGGCUGUUUUUUUAACACUUGCAAAACCUACUUGUGGUAAUGUGAUCGAGUUUUUGUUUUACUCACCCAAACAUUUCCUUUAUACUUAUUAGAUCAACUGAAGUGCAUUUGCCCCAUAAGCCACUAGAUGGUGACCUGUGCACAAAUAUCAGAGAGAUUAAAAAUGAGGGCUGUGGACUUGCAGGUUCCAUUGUUUAUCACUUGUUGAAGUAACUUUAACCCCAACUGUGUCCAAAAUCUGCAUAUAGCAUCUCAUGAAAGUAGUGCUGCAAGCUUAAAAUUAUUAAAUAUCAGAUUCUUUUGCGGAUAAAAGCCAUUUGCCCUGUUCAAACAUUAUGUGAUCGCAUUUGUCCCUUGACUUUUUCCAGUGUAAUGGAUGGGUUUGUUGCCCAUUUUCCCAGCACCAGUAUACUGUAACUACAAGGAUUUUACAGUUUGUUUUAUGUUUGGCAAUUGAUUGGACUGCUGUCACGUAGUAACAUAAUAUAGUGGAAUGGAUUCUAGUACAGUAACAUACCAAAAUAAAAUGUUAGUAAAAACAGAAACAGGUUUGGAUUUAGGAUGUUUUAAUGGUUACGUAGCAUGUUAACAUCUUUGACAUGCAACAGAGUAGAGUGCAGCUUAUACAGUACAUUGUUAAUUUUUUUUUUUUUUUUUUGCCCAGAACUAACUUGACAUAGGAACUGUGCCUUUUUAUGCACAGUAGCAGGAAAAACAUAGUUAGCCGUGUCAUACAUGUCAACAUUAAACUGGUGGAACUUUACAGAGUGUACUCCAAGUUUAAAGGUCCCGUGAAAUGGUGUCAUUAUUUUCACAAUGUGAUGUUCUGUAUUUCCAAUUUUUGAAGUAUUUUUUAUUUUAUUUUUCAUUUUUAUUCAAGCAACAGUAAGGGAUGACAGGAAAUGAAAAGAAAGAAAGGUCAAAUGAUAUACAACAACAACAAUUGAACCAUGACAUUUUGGUCACAGUAUAUAGUACACAACCUCAAC